UACCCUCAGGUUCCAGGGUCCCCUCCAUACCCUCAGGUUCCAGGGUCUCCCGGGUCCCCUCCAUACCCUCAGGUUCCAGGGUCUCCCGGGUCCCCUCCAUACCCUCAGGUUCCAGGGUCUCCCGGGUCCCCUCCAUACCCACAGCUUCCAGGAUACCCCGCCUCCCCCCCAUACCCUCAGCUUCCAGGAUACCCCGGCUCCCCCCCAUACCCUCAGCUUCCAGGAUACCCCGGCUCCCCUCCAUACCCUCAGCUUCCAGGGUCCCCUGCUUCCCCUCCAUACCCCCAGCUUCCAGGGUCCCCUGGCUCCCCUCCAUACCCCCAGCUUCCAGGGUCCCCUGGCUCCCCUCCAUACCCCCAGCUUCCAGGGUCCCCUGGCUCCCCUCCAUACCCCCAGCUUCCAGGGUCCCCUGGCUCCCCUCCAUACCCCCAGCUUCCAGGGUCCCUUCCAUACCCCCAGUUUCCAGGGUACCCUGGGUCCGCUCCAUCUGCCACUACAGGAGCUGCACCAGUAAAUCCCCAGAUGCCAACCACCAAGACUGCUGCACCCACUACUACAGACCCUCUUGAUUCUGAGUCAGUGGAGCUGCCUCUGCACCCUGGGUUCCCUGGCUCCCUUCCAGGGUCCCAGCUUCCAGGGUCUCCCGGCAACCCUCCAUACCCACAGCUUCCAGGAUACCCCGGCUCCCCUCCAUACCCUCAGCUUCCAGGAUACCCCGGCUCCCCUCCAUACCCACAGCUUCCAGGAUACCCCGGCUCCCCUCCAUACCCUCAGCUUCUAGGAUACCCCGGCUCCCCUCCAUACCCACAGCUUCCAGGAUACCCCGGCUCCCUUCCAUACCCUCAGCUUCCAGGAUACCCCGGCUCCCCUCCAUCUGCCACUACAAGAGCUGCACCUGUAAAUCCCCAGAUGCCAACCACCAUGACUGCUGCACCCACUACUGCAGACCCUCUCAAUUCUGAGUCAGUGGAGCUGCCUCUGUACCCUGGGUUCCCCGGCUCCCCCCAGUUUCCAGGGUCCCCCGGCUCCCCCCAGUUUCCAGGGUCCCCCGGCUCCUCUGUGGCACCUCCAUCUGCCACUACGAGAGCUGAUGCAGACCUGUCUGAUCCUGACUCGGCAGUGCUGCCUCCUUACCCCUGGUUCCCUCCAUACCUUGGGUACCUCAGACCGUUCCCAACCCCCACAAGGGCUGCACCUUCAGAUCCACAGAACCCAACUACUGCAGACCUUGCCUAUCCAGAGUCGCCUAUGCUCCCUUCAUACCCCGGGUUUCCCCGGUUCCCUGGACCAUUCCCAACACCUGCUCCUAUGAGAUUUGUGCCCACGUCUGCUGCAGCUCCUGGGUGUCUCAAAGCCCUCUACAGUCCUUCAAAGCGCAAGUGGGGUCAGCAUGUGGCCCCUCCGGUUAAAAUGUAUGAUGUCAUGUACCAAGAUGAUCCUUCCCGUCAGUCCAAUGUUAUACAGGCUCCAGAGGCUACCCCCAAGUAUUCCACCACUACUAGUCCUGAGGACCAGAGUAGGAUCCCUGGGUUUGGUCCUCACAGCAAGGGUACACUCCCUCCUCCACCUGCCCUUAAAGACUCGUAGCCAAAUACCCUAACUUUCUUAACGAUUCUUUUUUUCAACCCACUUGUCUCCUUUUCUUCACUGAGACUUAAAAAUUUAAAUAAAGAAUCCCUUGUACUUGUA